AUGAACAAAUCAAACUUCAAUGCAACGGGUACAACAAUGAUUCAUCUUAAACUCAGUGAUGAUCAAGGACACUGCUAUGAAGCUCACAAGACGAAUCCUAAAGAGAGCGGUUUUUAUCCAUGUCUGAACUUGCCAGUUUAUUACGAAGCUAAGUAUCAGAAAAGUCAGCCUCUCAAGUCUUAUCAACCCAGCUUCAAUCAAGAAGUUGAACCAAAUUUCAUCUUUAUUGGUCGUGCGAGAGAUUGGUCAAUUCAAAUUCGAUCACCUUUGUCUCAACUUCAAAGAUCAUUAUCCACUUUUGGACCAAUCAACUUGAUUCCAAUAUAA